AUGCCAACACAAAGCUUGCAACAACUGUUACCCGGCUUGCAAUUCAGCAAUGCAGAAUUCCAAAACGCGAUCGAACAUCUAGAAGCCAAAGGAUUAGGUCAUCGUAGUAUGAUGUGGGAUCAACGUGUUGUUUGGGGCGAUCAUGAUCAAUUCGGACACGUGAAUCACGUUCGUUAUGUUCAAUGGUUCGAAUCUGCAAGGGCAAUGUAUAUGAGCAAGAUCUUUGGACCUGAUUCGGUCAGACCGGGAGGCAGUAACCUUUCGAUGAUUUUGAGCAACUUACAAAUUCGUUAUAGAAGACCAAUUCAAGGAAAUGAUACAGUCAUCAUUGCACAAGGAGCAGUUUUCCCGAUGGAACGUCCCGAUAGAUUCACUUUACGUAUGACUGCUUAUUCACUCAAACAAAGAGACAUCGUUUCAACUUCCGAUCAAUUGUGCGUCGUUUUUGAUUAUGAAAAGGGAAAAGCCACUCCCGUUCCACAAUCACACCUUUCUUUAAUGCAAGAAUAUGCUAUUCGCUCUUGA